GCUGAGAUCAGGGCCCUGUUGUGCCGGGUGCUGCACAGACACACAGGGAGAGACAGUCCCCGCCCCAGCUGAGAUCAGGGCCCUGUUGUGCUGGGCGCUGCACAAACACACAGCGAGAGACAGUUCCUGCCCCAGCUGAGAUCAGGGCUCAGAUUAUCUGGUCCCACAGCCUCUAAAUUCUUCCACAAGUCUGUCAGCGUGUUGCAGGUUGGGCUUGAGUUUUUCGUUUCUAGUCUCAGUUCCUUUCCUGUGAGCUGCGUGGAAGGGCGGAGAGGAAGGACUCAUGAGAUGGAAUCUAUCUGACUGGCGCUGACAAGGGUGUAAAACAAGGGUGUAAUCCCCCUUUCUGGGGAUGUCAGCCCAGAGCCAGAGCAGCAGGAAGGGGCUGCGAUGUUCGUGCUGAGAGCAAUGGAAGGAAGUUCACCAGCCACCCUACGGGUUUGCAGCAGCUGCUGUAAGAGCUCCGCGAUGUGUGUUUGUUUCCGGUGCAGGUCCCGCUGCUGCCUGGGACUCGGCUGUGGGACGCACCCACCGAGGCUGCAUGGAUUCCCUCUCAUCCAGAAAAACUACAAAGAAGAUGGAGGCAGAACUGAGAAUCUGCUGCUGAUCGGAACCGACUUUGUUUUGAGGCCGUGUGUACCCACACUUGAACAGUUUCAGUUGAACUGGUGCAAGCGCGUGUGUAGACACUCUUAUUUCAGUUUAGUUUAAACCUCUUCCUAGAGGACGUGGAGCUAAAUCGCAAUCAGUCUGGUUAAAAUAGGAACACAUGCACACGCUUUUCACUGGCUGAGCAUCAUGCCUUUAAACUAAACCGGUGCGUAACUGAAUGUACAUGGAUCCUGAAUCGCAGAGAGUUGUAGCCAGGGAGAUUGAACUGCUCGGAGUCCAGCAUGCCCCCCAGGGACUCCAAGAGAAAGGCGAGAUGGAGGAGCACUUUCACUGCAGUGGAGAUGUGAAGAGAGGCCAGGCUUUGAAACAGGAGAGCAGUAGCAGGUUCGGCUGUGUGCAUGUACCCAGGGCCCUGUGUCUGUGCCCUGGGUCUAACCACACACUCAGGAAAUGUGCUUCCCGUCGAGUCUUAGCCGCAGUCACAGUUGUUAUGUUGAUCAUCAUUAUCACUGUUCUAGCAGUACUUUUAAGAGUGGAAAAAUCCAAAGCACCUCUUGCUGCUCCAGACCCCCCUGCAGUGCCCUGCUGCCCGGACGGCUGGAUCGGGUACCGAGGGAAAUGCUACUAUUUCUCAGAGACUGACGGGAACUGGACCUACAGCCAGAGCCAGUGCUCUGCACUCAAUGCCUCCCUGGCUGGGAUCGACAGUGAGCAGGAAAAGGAUUUUCUGCUGCGCUAUAAGGGCUUCCUCGACCGUUGGAUCGGCCUCCAGAGGAAGCUAGGCCAGCCCUGGAGAUGGCCCAAUGGCACCGAAUUCGACAAUCGGUUUGAGAUAAGAGGAGGCGGCGACUGUGUUUUUCUGAUUGAUGAGGAUUGGUUCGGCAGCUCGCGUUGCAGAACAUGGAGACACUGGAUCUGCAGCAAACCUGAUACCCAUACAAUGGGGAAGGGAUAUGCUGUGAGUCAGAACCUUGAGACUCUUAGGAACUAG